UUCUUAUGCACUCCAGCACCCCUAUCAGCUCCUUGUUCUCCUUCACCAGCCCUGCAGUGAAAAGGCUGCUGGGCUGGAAACAAGGAGAUGAAGAGGAAAAGUGGGCAGAAAAAGCUGUUGAUUCCUUAGUGAAGAAGUUAAAGAAGAAAAAAGGUGCCAUGGAAGAACUGGAAAGGGCUCUGAGCUGCCCGGGUCAGCCCAGUAAAUGUGUCACGAUCCCACGUUCCUUGGAUGGGCGACUGCAGGUGUCUCACCGCAAGGGGCUUCCCCACGUAAUAUACUGCAGAGUGUGGCGCUGGCCUGAUUUACAGUCUCACCAUGAGUUGAAACCACUGGAAUGUUGUGAGUUCCCAUUUGGCUCAAAACAGAAAGAAGUGUGCAUUAACCCCUACCAUUACCGGCGGGUGGAAACCCCAGUCCUACCUCCUGUACUCGUUCCAAGACACAGUGAGUUUAACCCUCACCUCAGCCUUCUUGCCAAGUUUCGAAACACUUCUCUGCACAGCGAGCCGCUGAUGCCGCACAAUGCCACCUAUCCUGAUUCUUUCCAGCAUCCUCCAUGCACCCCUUUUCCAUCAUCACCCAGCCACAUGUUCUCCCAGUCGCCUAACAGCAUCAGCUACCCCAACUCACCAGGAAGCUCUUCUGGACCAGGAAGUCCCUAUCAGCUCACGGUGGAAACUCCACCCCCACCUUACCAUGCAAGAGAUCCUCCAGGAAACCACAAUGGGCGGUCAAUGGAUGCAAUAGCUGAAAGUCAACUAGUGCUGUCUUUGCCCAAUGGAGGUAAAUCUGCCGAUGGAGAAGCUGCAAACUUUCGGCCUGUUUGCUAUGAGGAACCCCAACAUUGGUGCUCAGUUGCCUACUAUGAACUCAACAACCGGGUAGGGGAGACUUUCCAGGCUUCUUCUCGAAGUAUCCUUAUAGACGGAUUUACAGAUCCCUCAAAUAACAAAAACAGGUUCUGCCUAGGACUGCUCUCAAAUGUAAACCGCAACUCUACUAUAGAAAACACCAGGAGACACAUAGGAAAAGGUGUUCAUCUUUACUACGUCGGUGGGGAAGUUUAUGCUGAAUGUGUCAGUGACAGCAGUAUUUUUGUGCAAAGCCGCAACUGUAACUACCAGCAUGGUUUCCACCCAGCCACUGUCUGCAAGAUCCCCAGUGGCUGCAGCCUCAAGAUCUUCAACAACCAGCUCUUUGCCCAGCUGCUUGCCCAGUCAGUCAAUCAUGGUUUUGAAGUGGUGUAUGAGCUGACCAAGAUGUGUACUAUUCGAAUGAGCUUUGUUAAAGGCUGGGGAGCAGAGUAUCAUCGCCAGGAUGUUACAAGCACACCCUGCUGGAUUGAGAUCCACCUGCAUGGACCGUUGCAAUGGCUGGAUAAGGUGCUGACACAGAUGGGCUCACCUCAUAACCCCAUCUCCUCAGUCUCUUAAGGAUCAUCUCUAGAAUUCCCUUAGGGUGGAUGCUAUUGCAGGCAGUGGCUUAUAGGAUUUCCAGUGAACAGAAGCUUCUAUAUGUAGAUGUAUGUAGAUGUAAAUAUAUCUAUACAUAGUCUACUCUCCUUUUUUUUUUUUCAUGCUACGUUUUGUGGUUUCUAGUUACUCUGAUGCCAGUACAAUAAGUUUAGAAAUUCAGGUAUAGCGUGUCUGUUCUCUAGUACAAAAUAAGCCAAAUUCCUGCAAAAGUGUCAAACAUUUCCUGUGAGCAUCUUCAUUCCCCAGCCAAGCCAGUAAACGGUGCGAAUUCUCAGCACUUUCAUGUGGAUUCAGAAACCUGGCUGUAGCUGUUCCUAGUAGGUGAAAUUCACCCCUCGGCAGGCAACCAAAGUCAGAUCUCUGCACCGUUUAUAUCCAUUUUACAUCCUAAUUUCAGGUCUAAAAGAGGACCUUAGGUGGUGCACAGGACUUAUGCAUAGAGAUGACUUUUAUCCAGUGAACUGAAGGACUAAACUGCAAUUCCAGUCUGUCUCCCUACUGCAAAGCAUGAUGGGACAACAGAUCCUCUGAGGAGCUGAGGCACCCCUGUCUCCCCUAGGAUUUGGCAGGAGGAGAGAGCCCUCGGGACACGUUCAGCACUGGAGCCUUAUCAGAGCAUUCUGGACACAUCCGAGUAGUCUGAUGCUGUUAACACAGUAGCGUACGGUACUGCUGCACUGAAAAGCAACAAGCUCCUAAGAAAAAAAAAAAGGAAAAUUUGAAAUAUAUGCCUAUAAGUUUAAAAACUAAUUAACUUCCAGUGCUUUUUUGCAAAGUACAUGCAUACUUGCAUAUGUAUCUGGCAUGUAAACUGAAUCCUAUCCAUUAUACAGUAUUGAUGUAGUUUGUUUUAAAGUUAGGACUGUCUGUAGUUAGACUACUGUGCUGAUAUCAAGGGUACGUCUAAAAGGGACUUGAACUGUGAUUCAGAAAAGGGAAAUGAAGUGUGCAUUGAAGAACCAAAUAAUUACUUUAUCAUUCAUUUUGGGAUAGUCUUUGUACUGGGAACAGGAAGCCUCACGCUCACAGGAUGCAAUGAGAAGGAGGUGGGAGUCAGCCACAUCCAUCCCCUGUGCUGGGCCGGUCCUCGGGAUCUGACUGCAACGCUCAGGUUUGACAGAGAGAGCUUCCCUGCCGGUCACUUCGUACAUCCCCAUGGAUGGUUCCUCAUCUUAGAUACAGGCUUCAUCAUUUGCAGUGCUUUUGCCUCGCCUGUAGAGGAUGGUGAGGCAGUGUAAGCCAUGAACAAGCAAAGAGUGAAUCU